UUUAAAGUGACUGUCUGUCCUCCAAAAUGGCUGCCUGUCCUUUACAGUAACCAUGUUUGUCUGUAUCUGUUGUCUUUGCGCUUCAGGAGGUUUUACUCAGAAGGAGCCAUAAUGCUGAGAGAAGAAGCCACAGUGCUAACAGGGAUGCUCAUUGGUGUGGGAGCCAUAGAUUUUAGUUUCUGCCUGAAAGGAGAGGCCCUGGACGGGAAAUCCCCGGCGGUGAUCGACUACACUCCAUACUUGAAAUUCACACAGAGCUAUGAAUACUUGAGUGAUGAUGAUCGGCGGAGCGUCGACAGCAGCACCAGCGACGACAGCGUCCCCGAGCAUCCGUACGUCCCGCUGGUCACCGACGAUGAGAGCUGGAGCACAAAGUGCCGCAAAAUGGAGCAGAGGUUCAAGAUCGUCAACGCUCAGAAGGGGUACCUGGAGGAGCUCGUACGCCUGCGUGAAUCUCAGCUGAAGAACACGGAGACGGAGAACAAGAAGCUGAAAUCCCAGCUGGAGGAAAUUCAGAGCCAAAGCCAACAGGAGAAGAAGGAGCUGGAGGCUGUAAUCCUGGAGCUGCAGGAGCAACUAACGAGCCUGAUUCCAUGCAACUCCAACCACCUGGCCAAAGAUCUGCCGAUCCCCCUCAUCAACCAGUGGCCGACCCUUGACCCCUACGACAUCCAAGAGGACAUGAAGCUUUUCCGCAGGAGGAGUUUCCCGAGCACCGAGCUGCUGUCAGUGGAGGUCAGCCUGGACUCCGACUCCCAGAGGAUCGAGGGCAAACAGAACGGAGGAACCUGGUGCACAGGAAAGGACUACACCCCCUCCAUGAUGGGUCUGUGUGGGUCUUUGGCUUCUCUUCCAAGCACCAAAUCUCUGGCUAGCUUCAAAUCAAGUGAAUGUCUGGUCAACAUCAGCACAGAGAAUAGCCCUGCUCUGUCUCCCAGCUAGGGGGCGCCAAAGACGCACUGGAAAAACAGACAAUUCAACUGUUAAAGUGACUGCUCCUCACUGCGAUGGCCUGGUAGGGCCUAUAUAGAUACAAGAAGGAGCACAUUUCUGAAAAAA